AUGCUGGCCAGAGAGAGUGUAUUAAAAUCAAUUAGAGAUUCGGUCGAAACGUGCACUCAGGUAAACGAUGCUUAACUGCCAGGGUAUCUAAUCUGAUUUUAAUUAAGCUGAUAGUCUGCUCUUUGCAGGCGCACUGCAAUCCGGCACUGCAAAAAUCUAUGCAUAAAUGUAUGUACGUAUCACAUAUCAAAUAAUUCAAUACAACAAAAUAUAUAUUAUUACAGCGGAAAACGAUUAAAAUUGAUACCAUAUUUAGCAUGCAUAUUUGAAGCUUCCUUGGUUUUUUUCUGAACACUAUACUCGUAUAUGCCCGCAAUUAAUUUUCACCAAACCCGUUUUUUACCCCGGUGUAAUGUCACCCACUGUCCAGUAGCUAGGGUUUGUAAUAUUCCGCCGCCAUCCUGGAGCAUGGCAUAUGGUCAAUUAUUACACACAAAACAUUUAUUAUUAAUGAGCAGGCCAGAGGGACGAGGGGAGGGUAGACACCAUCGCCGCAAGUCGAUUAGACCAAUUAGUGUGCGUAUUGACAAUUGCGGACAUUGCAAUUAAUUAAUCCAAAUGUAAAUGUCCAGUGCAAAUGCAUGAGCACUCGUCGAUGACUGGUCUAUAUAUGGCCAAUCUGGAACCACUAAUUGCGAUCUCUCCGCCCUCGAACACUCGCUUUGAUGUCAUAAUGGCCACCGAUGAUGAGUGACCUCUUUGGGUGGUCCUAAGCUGCCGCCUUUCCUGGCCGGUUGGUAGUGGGGUUGGUUGGUAGUGCUCGGAACACACGAUUGACACAGUUAUUAAAAACGACAUGUAGAAUUGGCAGUCAGGCAUGCGGGCAACGACAUCUCCGUCGACAUACUUAGGCGCAUAGUUUGACAGAGCCGAGAAAAGAGUGGGCCGCCCACCAAGCUAACUUGGCUGACGGGCGUGCAAAGUGGCCAACAGCAGGGUGCCAGGGCCCUCGUCGAUGUCGAUGUCGUUGUCGAUGUCGAGAUGGCAUGCCAGUGGCACUCAAAACGGAAAAGGAAACAUUCCCCGGGAUUUCAUCGGAACAACAGGGGGGAAGCGUUAAGGAAUUCAAUUAGGCAGAUGAGUGGCCAUAUGAAUGUGGGCGUAAGAGUGUGUGCCACCCGUUGCAAAAGUGCUGGCCAAGUCAAAGGCGAAAGUCAGAGACAUCUGACACUUCACAUGCUCGGAUGAGGGUGCCUUAUUGGCCUCAAGUUGUGACUAAGCUGAUGUUGCUGAUCCCAGAGAUGAGUUCCAAGGGCUUAGGGCAUAACUUUUCAAUACGCCCCCAGUGCCAUCGAACGAGGGAUAAAAGUUAGCAGUUAUUCAGCUUUCUCCUUCAAUGCAAUAACACUUGGGCUCUUAUAAUGCUCGCUUAGGUGCAUUUCCUCGAAAUUCCAUCACAGAUAAUCGAUAAUCGUCUGUUAUAAUGAAAAACAAAGUUCUAAACUCUAACAUCAUCUUCAAUUGUCAAAUCCUUGCAUCGACCGCUUCAUCGUCUAUUUCCACUACGAUGCAAACAAACCAAAUAUUAUUCAUGAUAUGGCUGCUUCUAGCGGGUGUGCUUUUCUGCAGUUUUGCGCUCGUUUAUCAUUCAUGUUUCUGCAGCGAGACUUUGUUCCUCGACUCUGUUUGCUCAGCAAAUGUUGUGGUGGAGUUCCAGCGGGCUUUGUGUGGGAGGUUCCACGGAAGGCCGGCUGGGAGGCGUCGCCGUGGCUCGAACUCAGCUCAACUGAAGCGUUUUAAUUGCUGCAUAAAUAUUGGCUUAAAAUUAGCUCAUUGUGCGCUGGAUAGCGUUCAGCUCAAGCUGAGAUUCAAACCAAACUCUAUCGUGUGCGUAUAUAGAUAUCCGAGUUUCCGGGGCUGUGUGUGUCUUGCUAUAGUCAAUUACCACAUAUUUGUCUAUAAUUAAUAAGCUUCCCACGGGGCCUCAGAUUUGUCCCGCUGCAGCUAAGGCUUUAAGCAAACAGCAAUCACUUCUAGCGAGUCUCCCGUCGUCUACAAAGUUUUCUUUAUUCAAUUUGGUAGUUUAUACUGGAGUUCCCCCUUUCAGAACUUCUGACGCAACUCUUGCAGUUGAACAACCAUCGCAGUACGUUCGAUUUUCGUUCGUUUAUUUAUUAAUGCCGUUUGCUGCACAAUCCGCUCAAUUUUCCCCUCCGCAGGUAAUAGCUUUGUGUUUGCCCCUGUCUACUUUUUACGUUUAAAUUAAUUUGAGCAGUACGAAAAGAGUGCAUAGCUUUUCACGUAUGCAUCGUGAUAGCAUGUGUGGUAAUGCCAGUUCACGUACAAAAUGUAACAUGCGAAACCACUUUAAAAACCGAAAACCACGAAAAUUGCAUGGUUGCCCCCAGAAUUUGUGCAAAUUUCGAGUAUUCGGGUUAUGUACUUAUGUACGCACACACAUUAUAGAUUUAAAAACUAACCAAAAAUGAGUUUUCCCUCUUCAUUCACAUUGUGCUAAAUUCGCAUGAUACAUUUCGUUUAUCCUUUUGAAAAUGCUUCUACGAUAUUUACCAAUAUAACCUACUGUUCAUGAACACAGCAAUGGAUAUGCAAAUCUUUAGGAAUGUAUCACUUUAAGGACCUUCACACGCUUUUUUACGUUUCCCUUUUCGAAAUGUGCUGCAUCUGCUUGGAAUGCAACAUUCACGCCCUCCAUCCAUCCGCCUCCCACUUGGGCAUCAAUCAAGACGAUACUCUUCCUUCGUUAGAGGAGCUUUCUUCGACACUUUUGAGAGGUUCGUGCUGCAAGGACACGCUAAACGUAUGCAAAUCAUUAUGUUAAUCGGGUACCAUCAAAUUUUUUGGCGUCAUUCAUCACACUGAGCCACACUUUGCACUUGGUAAUAGCAGUUGCUCACUCCUCCACUUCUCACACCUUCUUUCCAUCGUUUUUUCACCCCUUUCCCUUUCCUUCCUAGUAGUAACCACCCUCCGAACCCCUUCCCUACCCGUUCCCUCCAUCCUUCUGGACCACUGCGUGCUUUGCUCUUGCUGCUGCUUAACGCCCGCGUGGCUAAGCCAAAAUUUACACAGGCACAGCGAGUUUGGUCGCUGAGGAUGCUUGGUAAUGCUGAAAUUUGCACAUUUCCGAGCUCGCACACAUGCAGUGAGAGGCAUACACACACACACACACACACAUGUACUAGCAGGAGCAUAAGUAAACAAGUUUAGUAUAAUCAACGGUUGGCUGCCUGCCGGGCUAUACAAAAAAGUGUUGCACAUCCGCUUACAAAACCCACACCCGCAGCGAGGCCAAACCCCCUUGAACAUGUAGAUGACGUAGUAUAGUACGUAGUAUAUGUUUUUAUUAGCAUGCUUUGUAUGCCCUGUACGCUGUCAGGCUCCCGAGCAAAUGGGGGCUGCAUUUAUCAGUGGGAUGCGAGCAGGGAGCCGGGGUUUCGGAGGGAUUCACCUGUCUCACGGCGCUCGUAAAACCACAUUACCUGUGAUUUCCGAACACAGGAUGGCUUGUUCAUCAGCGCUGCAGUCGAGCAGGAGCAGGAUAUCUGGCAGUGGCCCUUUGGCGCCUUUGUGCCACGUUCAUUGAAUGUUUUUCUAUUAAUUUUUUAUUGAAUGAUGCUUUUUCCCCGCCCAGCAUACUUCCACGCAGGAUGGGAGUGGCUCAUUCCCUGCGGCGGCAUGCUAACUUUAUUCAAUUCCUUCGCUGCUCAUGUGGAACAACACACACUCGAUGUACCUGAACCUGUCUCUCUCUAACUGCAUCCUGUCCUCCCUUUCUUCCUUAGUUCAUUCUCUAUUUUCAGCCGGACAAGAGAAGCUGUGUAAUGUGGCUGAAAAAUUGCUAGUACUCAGGACGCAUCCUAGUUGAAGGAAUAUGCAUUAAGUGCACCGCAGACACAGAUACCCUUGAAUGGGUUUGAGUAACAAAUUUUAUGUAAGGAUUCAGGAUUCCAGAUGUGAAACAUGAAAACUAUAAAUUAAAAAGCUAAUAUGUCACGGUUAGUAAGUCACAAUCAUUUUAUCUUAUCUAUAGGGCUUGUGUUCAAAUAAACAACCUAAUGAUAAACAGCAAAUUGGAUCAAGAGCUCGUAUUGAGUAAAAGGUUUUCCCUAUGGCAUCUUUGGUAAUCCCCCAACUCCAUACACCCUAUCUAUACCCCUGAACUCCCGCUGAUAGGGCAACAAAUGAGCAACAUGAUGUGAAACAUUUUGCUAGUUCCUUAAACUGAACAAAAGAAGGCGAGAUGGGGGCAAGUGGGGUCUUCUGGCAGGAAAGAGCUCGGCAAGCUGGUUAAGCCUGGCAUGCCACUCCAUUUGGAAGACGGGUUUUUUACGGUUCGCCACAAGCUCAUAAAAAACCUCCAAAAUGGGUGACACACAAAGGAGUCGCACAUGCACACGCACACACAUACACACAGACACACCUUCACUUACAUGAAGGCAAUGAAAUAAACAAAGCCGCAAAAGACACAAGAACCUCAGCGGAGCGAGAGGGACGGGCACAUGGUGUGCAAGAGAGAGGGAGAUGCUUGAAGAGAAAGAGACAGAUGGUAAGCAAAUUGUUGAGGAGUCCAAAAGUCGGACCGACGUCAAAAUUAUCGAGCAGCAGGUGUGUUCUUCUUCUCCGUUUUCCUCAUUUUCAUUUUUUUCCAUUCUCGCUCUCAUUCCAGUCCUCUCUUUCGCGCACCCUGACCCUCUCUUUCGCACACAGCCGCUGGCAUUAUUGCUUUUGUGGCUUUUCGGUAAAUAUUUUGCAUAAAAUAUCAAUUUCAUAUGCAAACGGGCGAACAUGUGAAAACGUGCGACUGCAAUGACUACUCAGACUCAAUGAAAUUUAAAUAAAAAACUGCAAGUGUAAAUUCAAUUAAUUACUGAACAUGUUUUCCGACCAUCACUCUUUGUUUUCACAACUUGCCAGAGGCCAACAUAGCCUGCUCUAAAUAACGUUGCAUAGCUUUUGUAGCCGCAACUUUGAACAAGUCGGUGAGGUGCCGUCAGCUACAAAUAUCCUUCGGAUGGGAGGGGAGAAUGCAAAUGACGGUUAUUAAAAUUCCAGGAAAAGGUCUUUAUUUGGCUUACCCACUUGAGAUUAAUUGAGAGCAGUUGAGGUGACAUUAAGCCGGACCCAAAAACAAAGAACCCAAAAGGCAAAUCGGAAAAAAUGGUUGGAGAUAAUAUGGUCUGGCAAAUGGCUAUUUCACUCGAUUUGGCCUAGUCCCGGCGAUAAAUUUCGAAAGCAGAUUUACUUGUUGAUUUCCAACGUAAUUCAAUUACUCGCGAAUAAAGUGCGGACAAAAAGGGGCCCAAAGGUCAAACAAAUUGGGGAAAAAGGCUUUUUGCGAGCCCAAAAAUUAAUUUUAUUUUGGUGUAUUCACAGUGCAUUUUGACGCCAACUUUUUGGGCACAAAAUACACAAAUUUUAAAGCAAUUUUAAAAAUGACGGACAUGAGAGAAAAUUUGCUUUCGUUUCGGUCUAACCCCUUUGGUAGAAAUGUCAAGGCUACUGAAAAAAUAUGUCUAUCACAAAUUGUCUCUAAUCAUAACCCUUGCGGUCAUAGGAAGACAUACAGUUAUUCAGGCAGGCAUUUAAAUAUUAAAGUGAAAAUAAAUAGAUAGAUAGCCAAAUAUCAUGUAAACAAAUAGGUAAACAACAUGUCGCACUUCACCCCCCGACGUUUUUCUUGUUUUGGGUAUUUAUUUGUUAAUACGAUAUUUACGCCCCCAAAUGGAAAUGGGAAAAUUUCCAAUCAAAACAGCAAUGCUAGGGGCAGUAGUGCUAGUGGUAACCGUGUCACGUACCCUGUUAACGGAUGAAAUAAAUAUUUCAGGCACAAUUUCAGGGGCGGCAACGGCAUCCACUUAGCUCGACCCUACGUUUUGUACCCCAGUUGCUUCUAUAAAAGUUUGUGCAACAACGAGACUCCGUUGAAAGCCCAACAUGGACUCCAGCUACUUUGCCGUCCAGAGAAGAGCUCUGGAAAUUGUUGGAUUCAAUCCCAGUACUCCGCAACUGAGUCUAAAACAUCCCCUUUGGGCCGGGAUACUUGUCCUGUCCCUGGUUUCCCACAACUGGCCCAUGGCAGUCUAUGCCCUGCAGGAUCUCUCCGAUCUGACCCGCCUCACGGACAACUUUGCGGUGUUCAUGCAAGGAUCUCAGAGUACCUUCAAGUUCCUGGUCAUGGUGGCGAAACGAAGGCGCAUUGGGUCGCUGAUUCACCGAUUGCACAAGCUAAACCAGGCGGAAAGUGCCACGCCCAAGCACCUGGAGAAGAUCGAGAGGGAAAACCAACUGGAUAGGUAUGUCUCCAGGUCCUUUAGAAAUGCCGCCUACGGAGUGAUUUGUGCCUCAGCCAUAGCGCCCAUGUUGCUGGGCCUGUGGGGAUAUGUGGAGACGGGUGUAUUUACCCCGACCACACCCAUGGAGUUCAAUUUCUGGCUGGAUGAGCGAAACCCCCAUUUCUAUUGGCCCAUCUACGUUUGGGGCGUUCUGGGCGUGGCAGCUGCCGCCUGGUUGGCCAUUGCAACGGACACCCUGUUCUCCUGGCUGAUUCACAAUGUGGUAAUUCAAUACCAGCUGCUGGAGCUGGUUCUAGAAGAGAAGGAUCUUAGUGGAGGAGACUCUCGCCUGACUGAAUGUAUUCGCCGUCAUCGUUUAGCUCUUGAUUUGGCCAAGGAAUUAAGUUCGAUUUUCGCGGAGAUCGUCUUCGUUAAAUACAUGCUCAGUUAUCUGCAACUCUGCAUGCUGGCCUUUCGCUUCAGCCGCAGUGGCUGGAGUGCCCAGGUGCCAUUUAGAGCCACCUUUCUGGUGGCCAUCAUCAUCCAACUAAGUUCGUAUUGUUAUGGAGGCGAAUAUCUCAAGCAGCAAAGCUUGGGAAUUGCGCAGGCAGUUUAUGGUAACAGCAAUUGGCCAAAAAUGACCCCGAAGAACAGAAGACUCUGGCAAAUGGUGAUCAUGAGGGCCCAGCGACCCGCCAAGAUAUUCGGAUUCAUGUUUGAUGUGGACCUACCACUGCUGCUUUGGGUCAUCAGAACGGCGGGCUCAUUCUUGGCACUGCUAAGGACUUUUGAGCGUUCCCCCACUUAAUGAUUAAGCCAUCAAAGCCAUUAAAUCGAGGCCUAAGAAAAGGCUUUGGCCGGAAAACACAAAUUACCAAAUUAUUGUAAUGGUUUCCUUUGAAAAAAAGAACUAUAAUCGUAAGCAACCGAGUACAUUUACUUGGAUAUGCUUAUAGGUAAGCGAAGACUUCCACAACAGCCAACUCCACUUGCCACUUGGACGAGCGUGAUUUGCAGGACUCGCUGCCUGCCACGAAGGGAUCUUCUGCCCCAGGUUGAUGCCACUGCAGGCAUAUGAGCAUAUGAAGGAGGAGCAUAUGAAAGAGCAUAUGAAAUUCAUGAGCGCAUUCCGCAAAGGCAGCUGGCGCAACCAGCUCAUGCGUGUGGCCAUGAUGUCAGUCGGGCGGACAGGGAUGUGUGUAGGAGUAUGUGAAUAUGGGUACACGUAUAUAGAUGUGUACGCCAGGCAGUCGGAGUCGGAAUUUGUUAGCUGAAAGUAUGCAACAGCAAGGCAGCACAAGGAGCAGCAUCGCUCAGGUGGGGAACAAGUUGCUGAAAAAUAGCUACUCGAACUAUGUGCACCAUGCUGCUUGCCAGCCAAAGGCCCCGGGCUCCUUUUCGACUCAGCCGGUUCUUGAGCUAGUUUCGGGGCUCGGGUUCAGGAUCAGGAUCAGGAUCAGGUGGAAUGCGGACCUAAGAACCCUGCCCUUAUCCUUCGUGAGUUGCGGAAUGUUGCCUGCUACGGAAUUUCUGGCUUGCUGCUGCCGAGAUUUGAAUUCAGUCGGAGGCCAAGUCGCUCGGACGGAAUUUGUUUUAUUAAAUUUUGCAACUCGGUAUUUUGCACAUGCAAUGGACUCAGUACUCUCGCCCUCUGUGUUACCAAAAAGCUAUGACAAAUUGUGCGGGCGUGGAAGCAGGCGCCUCGGAUUAUGUAACAAAUUACGACAGCGCUAUUGCGGGCAUAAUUAAUUUUUGUCUCUGACAUUUGAUUUAUUGGUCUGCGUUGGUCAGCAUCUUUGGCUUGACUCCGAAAAACAAAUGAGCAGCGAUUAAUAAGCGGAAAUCGCUCCUGGCCAUUACGCACCUGCGGCACAAACAGCCAGCGAAUUCGAGCAUUAACCUGGCAGCUAGCCAUCGCAGGGGAUAUAACUUUACAGCAAAUUGUGGCCAAGAUAAGAGGGCCAGGCCAGCACAAGCUGGCUGAAAAUAGUGGCGAAAAAAAGCACCAUUUUAUGUGUAUUAAAAAUGUGAACAAAAACGACGAGGAGCGGAGCACAGAUUUUGUUUGCGGUUCGUUGAGCACACAAUAAUUCCAUCAGCAUCAGUAGCAGCAGCAGGAGAAGUGGGCGUGGCUGGCGGCAGUGGGCGGGGAGGUUGGUGGGGAAGAGAUAAAAGUGCUGGCAGCACUUUCGCUGCACUGAUGUUUUUGCAGUUGUUGUGGUGUAUUGUGUGGUUAGUACCACGGGGCGAAUGGUUAAUAAUCGAACAAAAAGGUCCUUAAAGCUGUCGCGCAGUGAGCAAACAUUUAUGCAAAGUAAAUUGAUAUGCAAACUACAAAUUCGAAUGGCAAUUCAACUUAAAUGUCCUAAUGCAGUUUUAUCUUUGUAAAAAAGAUGGCCAGCUGUUAGAUUCCCGCAAGCAUUACCCCCGGGAUUAUGGUUUACAUUUAACCAAAAAUCCCAAAGUUUCGCAGCAAAAUUGAUAUUCCAAUUUCUAAAUGCAUUCCCUAAAAGGCAGAAUACGAAAAAUGUAGCCACUAUCAGUACUUAAAUGCGUAAAUGGAAAUGCCACGCUUAAAUCAUGUUUUUAAAGCGGAAAAGUGGCCAAAAACUUUUCAAUUCACUGAAAGUGGAAGUUCCUAUUUUCGAACACAAAUGCUAAUUCAAAUUAAAUGCAAAAACCCAACCGUUUUCACGGUAAUUCCACCUCUUUGGCCACCGGAAAAUAGGAAGCAAAAAAUGUCCCACUUUAAUCGGGCUUGUGUUUGCCAAAGCUAUAUUUCCAUCUGUAUACUAUAUACAUAUAACAUAUUUUUCGGUUAAGCAUACAAGGAGGCUGUGCAGGGCCUUGCUGAAACUUUUCUAAUUAAAAUUGUGCGGCUUGUUGAAAGGUUUUCAACGGCAAAGGGAAGGCGAAGGGCGGGGAGAGGGCCGGUUUUAAUAGAAAUUACAUUAAUUAAUAUUUAAAAUAUGCUUAAAUACACAUUUCUAUGCAUUAAUUAAUACGGGCUGGCUGGCACACAUACAGCAAGUAAACAAUGAAACGUGACUGGAACUAACAACGAAUUGCGCCAAAAGCCGAUGGCGCCCCAACUCCAGGAGUAAACGGGGAUUUGGCUAAUUAAAAUACGCUUAUUUCGCCCCCUAAUUUCUUGUUUAUUUGGUUAAAUCCAGUUUUAAAUGCCGCAUGCGGAAAUCGAGAUGAGCAUGGGGCAAAGAGCAUCGGUGAUUACAAUGUUUUAUUGACUGUUUUCCCCACAUAAUUGCCACAGAUUUGGACAUUGUCCAAAUCGACUUGUUUUCCCCUCGCGACGAGACUCCCGAAUCGCUUUCCUCAGUCGCUAUUUUUGUCUCCUCAGCUUAGUUUGGAAACUUUGAUUUACGCCACCCGGUCCUAACCCACUUUUAUGGGACUUUGUGUGACCCAUUUGAACAUUUGGCUUGCAGCGGGUCCCUUGCGAGGAUGUGGCUAUGGCUGUAGAUGUGGAUGCCACAUGCAUGACAAGCACUUAUGCAAAUUAUAUAGCGUACUUAUGUGCGGGCAGAGGAUUCGACUUUAUUUGUCGGAAUUUCGAUGGGGUUUUUCAGCAGAAAAAUUAAAAUAAAACAUAAAUGUGUUACAAACUUUCACUGAGUUUAAGCGGGCUCAAGCGAAUAUUGGCCAUAAUAUUUUUGCGAGAUAAAAUAUUAAUAUUGUACACGACCAGAAAUCUUGAAUUCUAAAGUGACUCCUUAAAUGCAUGAUAUAGAAACAAAUUGGCUAAUUAACUGUUUAAAUUAUACAUCGAAUAAAUCAUCACACCCAAUUUUAUUGUUCUGCCCAUUGAUUUACACAGUUAUAUGUUUUACUUUUGAGAGAAUUUCAUACAUGCAAGCUAAUAAAUAAUAAAAAAAAACAUUUUAUAAACGCCCAAAGAAAAUAAUUCGAAAGUGUAACAUGUAAUAUUAAUAUUUACAAGCACACAGGAAAAUGAUUGGUUAAACACAAAUUGUACACAAGAUUGGAACUUGCACAUUCUGGGCAGAAAUCAAUCAAAAUAUUUGCACUCUUGAAAGAACUGUCUGCACUUAAAAGCAUAUCAGAAUUGCAAUUUCAUGAGGAGUAAAGAGCGAGCAAUGGUAAUUAAAAACCGAAAAUGUUUUUCGUCGUCUUUCUGGAAUGCCAUUAAAUAAUCAGCAUGGUUAUCAUUUUCCGUCAUUCCCACCCAAAUACAAUAAUUAAUGCUGCCACAGAGCCCGCCCAAAUUGCAAUUACCUUAUGCAUAAUUAAAUUAUAAUUCAUUAGACAUGAACCUAGGGCUCCGGACGCGUCUAAAUCACAGCACUCAAAUAUUACCAAUGCGAAAAACAUUUUCGAUUCACAAUCAAAUGGGGCUAAAUCAAUAAGCUUAAAAUGGGGUUCCACCCCAUACCAAUUUUUAGAACACGUUAUUAAAAGCAAAUUUUCGUAGGGGUCUUGACUCGACUCAUUUGGGUGAAUCCUGGCAACUCGAGAGAUGCACAGAUAAAAAUUGUAUUGUGAUUAUACAACAUUUAGACGGAGGGUUUGGGGAGAUUUCAGAGUGAAGUUGAAGGCUGAUGAUAUGGAAAUUACAAAUGCCAUUGUUUGUGCCGAAGUCAGACAAUGUGAAAUUGUUUAGAGGCGACGCGCGACAAGAAAAUCGCAGAGCAAUGGGCGGCAAAUGUUUGAAAAAUGACUUUUCUUCUGCACAGAGAAUACGCUCGGAUGAGUCUGCUAUUUUCUUGUUGCAAUGUCGCAUGAGCUUGUGAUUUCUUUGUGUGUGUAUUGCUUAUUGGAAGUGGACUUGAAGAAGUGUACGAGUAUAAUGCGAAUUCAAUUAUUUGCAAAUCGGUUUUGUUUUUCUUGUGUACAUUACA